GAGGGCAGAGUCCACAAAGACACACACGUUCACACACACACACACACACACACACACACACACUGGCUGGGAGAAGGAGGGAAGGCUUGAGAAACGGAGGCUAAGGGAGCAGCCCCUCAGAGCCGGGUGACUUCUCCCUCUCUCUGGGAGGAGCAGCUAUCUAUCUCUUCUACCUUUCCUUUCCUUUCAUCUAUUUUUCUCUUUCUUCUCUUCUUCUCAUCUAUUUUCUUCUCCCCUUCUCUCUGAGUCUCUCUUUGCCUACCUCUCUCUCCCUCUCAGUCUCUCUCCCUCCCUCUCUCUGCUGCCUCUCCCUCACUCUCUCUCUCUCUGGACGGGUGAAGACACAGUGAAGGCAGUAGAGCAGCAGCAGUUUUCUUCUCUCUCCAGCCCCAGCAGCAGCAGCAGCAGCAGUGUGAGCAGCAGGAGCCAAUGGUCAUGGUGAAGGAGAAAGUGGCUCAUCCUCAGGAACCUCAUCACCCCCCAGAGAAGCUGGUCAUCCAGUGCUACAAAUGUGGGGAGCCAUGCAAGGGGGAGGUGCUGCGUGUGCAGUCCAGGCACUUCCAUAUCAAGUGCUUCACAUGCAAAGUGUGUGGCUGUGACCUGGCGCAGGGAGGAUUCUUCAUGAAGAAUGGGGAGUAUUUAUGCACACUGGACUAUCAGAGGCUACACGGGACGCGCUGUAACGGCUGUGGGGAUUUUGUGGAAGGAGAAGUGGUAACUGCUCUGGGGAAGACCUACCACCCUGCCUGCUUCGUCUGCACCAUCUGCAAACGGCCGUUUCCUGCUGGAGAUCGCGUCACCUUCAAUGGAAAGGACUGCCUGUGCCAGCGCUGCGUCCAGCCAAUGUCCCCUCCUCCAAAAGACAUCAGUGCUUCCAGUAACUGUGCAGGCUGUGGCCGGGAUAUAAAGAAUGGACAGGCUCUGCUAGCGUUGGACAGACAGUGGCAUCUCGGCUGCUUCAAGUGCAAGGCCUGUGGCAAAGUGCUGAGUGGCGAGUACAUCAGCAAGGAUGGAGCUCCAUACUGUGAGAGGGACUACCAGAUCCACUUUGGUGUGCAGUGUGAAGCCUGUCAACAGUUUAUAACAGGGAAAGUUCUGGAGGCAGGAGAUAAGCACUACCACCCCAGCUGUGCACGAUGCAGCCGGUGCAACCAGAUGUUCACGGAGGGGGAGGAGAUGUACCUGCAAGGCUCUACAGUGUGGCAUCCAGACUGUAAGGGCAAUGCCAGAGUAGACGAAAAGCACAGGGCAGCAUCACAGCGUCUGGGGAGAAAGCCUAGCCCCCUUGAUAUCUUUUUCCCCCAGUCUCAUUGUUCGUCUCAGUGUAAGAGCCAGGGCAGUGGCGGCUCUCGGUGGUCCGCAGGCAGGCCGCAGCCCACAAGGUCUUCAUCGGAGAGUAUCUGUUCCCGGCCUGGUUCCAGCAUCCCUGGCUCUCCGGGUCACACCAUCUAUGCAAAAGUAGACAAUGAAAUCAUUGAUUACAGGGACCUAGCAGCCAUCCCCAGGGUCAAGGCCAUUUAUGACAUAGAGCGUCCAGACAUGAUUUCCUACGAGUCUCUCCACUCCACCUUCUCUACCCUGGACAGACAGGGCAGACACAGCCCUGGAGAGUCCCAGAGCAUCGAAGGUGAUCAUUCACCAAGAGUCCGUGCCACAACAAUGCCACAAGACCUUUCCCCUUUGUCAGCACCCAUGUCAGCAGAGACAUCUCCACGGACCCUGUCGCCCACCCCCUCUGCAGAGGGCUGCUAUGACAUGAGAGAGCGUAUUAUGCAGCGAUCCACCAGUCAGGGCUCCAUCGGCUCGCCGGUGUACAGUCGGCACAACUACACACCCUCACUGUCAAAAUCACCACAGCACUUUCACAGACCAGGUAUGCUGAAGCUCUGCUCCUCUUUGCGUUCUGGCAACAGCGACAACCGCCCCACAUCCCCUUUCCGACAUCACUUCCUCCCCCAUAAUAAAGAUUCUUACUGCAUAGGCACUGAGCCGUCGAGUGGCCGCAGUUCCCCCCUUUCCUCUCGGCCGGCCACCCCGACCCUCUCUCUGACCCCUAAACAUUUCCACAUCCCAGACCAGGGCAUGAACAUGUACAGAAAACCACCAAUCUACAAACAGCAUGAUUCAGCUGCCCUGGCAGCUCAAAGCAAGUCCUCUGAUGACAUCAUCAAAUCUUCCAAGUUCCCCGCCGCUCACGCUCCCAGACCGGAUGAAACACCAAAGAUUGAGACUGACUACUGGCCCUGCCCUCCCUCCCUCGCUGCCCUAGGCACAGAUAUGAGGAGUCGCUCGCGAGAUGAAGAGGAAGAUGAGUCAGUGAAACGCAGACAGCUGCAGGAAGAGCAUCUCAGCAAGAUCCAGUCAGGUCUAGGAAAGCUCAUUCUGAAGGAGGAGAUGGAGAAGGAGAUGAACAGAGAAAGAUAUGCCCGCAGUCUGACUGCCCAGCGCUUCGACUCUCAGUAUAACAACUGCACUGCAGAUCCAACAUCAAAAACCUCUUCACUGCCGGGAUAUGGACGGAACGGCCUCCAUCGUCCACAGUCCACGGAAUUCACUCAGUAUAACAGUUAUGGAGAUGUCUGUGGGGGUCAGAGAGAUUUCAAGGUACGUGUAUAUCACACAUUAUCCCGAUCAGCUGCCCUGCGCAUGCCUUUCAGCCAUCAUACACAUGGGAAUGUGGAGUCAUGCUACAUGUGACCAGAAUGCCACUCACACCCUGCUACACUCACACCCUGCUACAGCUUGUGUCUGAGAUAAAAUUAGCUCAUGCAAGGGGGAGAGCAUAGACAGAGGG